GCUUCAUUUCAUCAUCCGAGCGACGAGCUGGGAUUCGGGGGGGAGGCUAGAACUGUAGAGACGGUUAGAAAGGUUAGCAACGGGGUAGGCUAAUAGGCUACAUUGCUGGCAUAUCAUCCAAGCUAGGCUAAUAGGCUACAAUUCUAGUAUAUCAUCCGAGCGACAAGCUAGGCUACACGGCUAGCCCGCUAGCUGCGUGCCCGCUGAGGCGGUGUUAAGUAUUAGCUUUUAUCUUGAGCCCCAGAGGCUAAAAUGGUGUUUUAAGGCGGUGAUGCGGCGACACUAAUGCGGCGGUAUGCACCAGGAAAAACAACCAGAUUUGCGCCAUACCAUCUUCACGACUGCCCAGCAGUUGUGCUCCAGCGCACGGGGUCUAGCGGUGAACCAGCCGGUUCCUCUGCUCCUCGACCGGAGGAAGCUAACGCUAACGGGUUAGCCUGGUUCUCUACACUAACGGUGUCAUCGCGUUUUUGUAACUCAUCGUAUCAUCGAUAUCACAAUGAAGCCUCAGGACCUCAUAGCCGGUAAAAGUAGCCUGUGGAUCUUCGGCUACGGUUCUCUGGUGUGGAAACCUGACUUUAAGUACAAGCGGAACCACGUCGGCUUCAUCCGCGGAUACAAGCGGCGCUUCUGGCACGGAGACACCUUCCACCGCGGAAGUGACGACAUGCCUGGAAGAGUGGUGACGCUCCUGGAGGAGGAUGACGCCUGCACCUGGGGCGUAGCCUUCGAGGUAACUGGCUCCCAGAUCGAGGAGUCCCUCGCUUACCUGAACAUACGUGAAGCCGUACGAGGAGGCUACGGCACCCGGAUGGUUGAUUUCAUCCCGCUUGAUGAGAACCAGCCCUCGGUCCAGGCUCUGGUUUACAUCGCUACAGAAGACAACCCGACCUACCUGGGUCCUGCGAGUGUAGAAGAGAUCGCCACUCAGAUCUUGGUGUGCAAGGGAAAAACAGGCUACAACAUUGAGUACCUGCUCCGUCUGGCCGAGUUCAUGAGGAAGAGCUGCCCGGGGGUCGACGACGCUCACCUGUUCUCCAUCGAGACGGCCUGUUUGAAUAUCUAUUUUGCGGCAAAAAAAAGUGUAAUCUCUUUAAACUAACUACCUGUAAAUCCAGUGAUGCUGCUCAUGCAUUUACCUCAUUGUGUUGUAAUGUGUAGCUUGUUUGCUUUACAGUUCAUUUCUCUCACUAAGUGACAGAUCAAACAUACAGAGCACUCCAAACACUCCACUCCAAAGCCGCAGUCAGUCGGCUCGUGAUGUACGACAAAAAUUCUUUUACUGUAAAUGGAAGUUCAUUCAUUAAAUAAGUGAUUUUAA